AUGGAGCUGGAGCUGUGCGACCGAUGCAGCUCCGUCUCGCUCAGCGCUCUGAAGCGAGAGCUGCCUGCUGGCCUGGCGUCUCGUCUGGGGGCGAAAGAAGGGAUGGUGUUGCUCGAAGACGGUUCUUCCCUGGCCAAAUCGGCAACGUGGUGCCGACUCUGUGGCCUCGUCCAAGAGGCGCUUCUCUGCAGCCUUCAGGCGUCUGUCAACAAGGACAAGGGCAGUCCAGUAGCGGCGCUCUUGCUAGCCCGUGAAGCUGUCGUUGUCGAGCCAAAGUCGGACUCUCAGGGAUCGACGUUUCCUGACCCGCCAACCGGGGGUUCGCACUUGACGGGGCUGAAUGUCACUGCAACCGAGUCAAUUACUGGGCAAUUAUUGCAAGCCAAGAUCCGGCUCUACACACAUGGCCAGCGCAAAGGCCCUCGCCACCGUCAUGACAUCGUAGGCCGGCCUCAGUUGCGAGGACCAGCGAGCCCCGAGGCGUUUUGCCUAGUUGAACGAUGGCUGGGCGCUUGUAAAAGGGAUCAUCCAUGUUGCCGGGAAACUCUAUCGGGGGCGCUCUUAGACGAGUCUCGACUCCCAGACCUACCGAGUAGAGUGAUCCAUGUUGCUGGUAACAGCGUGAGGCUGCUGCCGUCAGAAGGCCGGCGCGGGAGAUAUGCCACCUUGAGUCAUUGUUGGGGCUCUUCUGGGAGACAACCCCUGAAGACAACUCGGGCGAAUCUCCAGGAGCAUCUUUACGAUAUUCCUUGGGAUUCUAUUCCAAAGACUUUUCAAGAUGCAAUCACAGUCACUCGCAAUAUUGGCCUGGAAUAUGUCUGGAUUGACUCGCUCUGUAUCGUGCAAGAUGACCAUCAAGAUUGGCUCACGGAGUCAAAACGCAUGGGCUCUAUAUACGAGCGGGCAGAGAUUACCAUUGCCGCUUCACAUACUCCAGGUUGCUGGGAGGGAUUCUUUUUCGCCCGUCGCCCACCGCAUCCCUCCGUAGAGAUCCCCAAUUUCUUCUCUCACGAGACAGAUGCUGCAUCCAAAGUACAAGUAUUCGCAACCGUCCGGCGCGAUACUGCCACCAACACCUUUCCCGAGUUUGGAGCACUCAACAGUCGUGCCUGGGCUACUCAAGAAUGGCUUUUGUCUCGGCGCAUAGUCUUCUUCACCAAGGGAGCCAUCAUCUGGUCCUGCAAGGCCAUCACUCAACGCGAGACUGGAGAGCGGUGCUACAGUGUAUCACGAAAUACGCGCUGGAAGAAUAUCAUAGAGCAGUACAGCGACCGUCAGUUGACAUUUCCAACAGAUAGACUCAUUGCGCUCGAGGGUCUGCGGAGGGAGCUGGGCAAGAAGAUUGCAUGUGAAUAUGCGUUUGGCGUAUGGAAAGAGUCUCUCCCCAACCAAUUACUCUGGCAAGUCACCAGAGGGAUAGAGGGGACUGCUAUUUCGGAUCCUCUCAAGCUACCAACAUGGACUUGGGCGCAUGUUCCAUCUGGAGUGCGGUUUUUGACAAUUGAUAGAGCAAAGAAUUUAUGCGACUCAAUUGCUUUCGAGGACGGCGAAGACGCAAGGCGAAUGAGUCUUCAAGUACGAGCAAAGCACCUUUCUAAUCUAACAACAGCGUUGGACUUGAAGAAAGGAGAUGCUACUAUUGAAGCAAUAUACGCGGAUAUAACAUCGUCUCAUGCCAAAUCAACCAAGGCCAUGGCUCAGUUCAUGUUGGAUCAAGGUGACUCUCCCAUGGGAUGGGUCGUCUUUGACCUUGCCUCUGAAGAUACGACUUCUGGGUCGAUUCUGUGUCUUGCUCUCAUGGGGAGCAUUGGACGGCGAGAAGAGCAAGCUGAGAGGCGCACUGGCAAGGUCAUUUCGAAGAAGCUUCGACAAUAUUGGGUGCUGAUGGUGCGGCAACGGGGUGAUGGACGAUACUAUAGAAUUGGGGUUGGGAAGAUGUAUGGAUCAAAGUGGUGGCAAGACGCUGAAGUCAAGACUUUAGAAUUGGUUUGA